GAGAGAUCGAUUGCCGGAGUGCGGCCCGCCAGGUCGCAGAGCCACGUCAGCCCCUCGCUCGCGUCCGCGCUGCGCCCCAUCAGCGAGCACGGCACCGGGCAGGCCGACCUGCCGCAGCCGCUGCCGACGGACGGGGGUGCCAGGCCCAGCAUGCUCCCUGGCGGCCGGAACACCCUGAUGAACCAACGCCAGCUGUUCGAGAUGCUGAAGCAGCAGUUCAACGAGGCCCAGGAGGGGGAGGAGAUGCUGAGGCAGCCCACGGGCUCGGAGAUGGGUGAAGCCGAAGACCUGGGCGAGAGGUCCGAGACCCAGGGCCUCGAGGAGGAGAUCAGGCGACUCCACAUCGAGAACGCCAAGCUGAGGACCGAGCUGCUGUCGACCCAGGAGGAGACGAUCCACCACGCCUCCAGCUCCCAGGAGCUGCUCGCCAGGGUGAGCAGGCUCCAAGCACAGCUGGAGGACGAGAAGAUCGGGAAGGAGUCGCAGGUCUCCUCCAUGAGGUCGCAGCUGGAGAAGUCCGCGGCCACGAUCGGCCAGCAGGCCGAGGAGAUCUCCCGGCUCCGGGAGGAGAAGGCGUACGGCUCGCAGAUGCAGCAGGAAGAGCUGGAGCGGCAGCGCAGCGUUCUGCAGAAGUCCACCCACGAGUCGCACCGAGAGCUGCACAAGCUGCAGGGCGACCUCCGCGCCAAGGAGAACGAGCUGGUGAACGUCAAGCGCGUGCUCGACGAGGUGGUCGGCGCCCACGCGCCGCUCGACGAGCUCCACAAGUGGAAGAUUCGUGCGGAACAGGCGGAAGAGAAGUACCACCAGGUCAUGCGCUACAACCGGAAUCUCACAAACGAGAUGGGGCAAAUCACGCAGGCCGCGAGCGACAGGGGCGGCGACUUCUCGCAGCUGAGGCAGCAGGUGAUGGCGCUGCAGCAGCAGGAGGCCAAGCGGGAGCAGGAGGCGAGGCAGAUGGAGCACGAGAAGCAGGAGCUCGAGAAGCACCUGGACAACGUGCAGUCCUCCCUCAAUUACUUCCAGAGCAAGUACAAGUCGACGACCGGCGACCUGAAGAAGGCGCAGACCGAGCUCGUGGCGCUGCAGCUGGUGCACCAGGAGUGCGAGCGGCUGAAGGCCCAGCUCGCCGAGUCGAUGCGGCAGCUGUCCGCCUCGCAGGGGUCGACCAGGGAGGCCCGGACGAGGUUCGAGGUGGUGAGGGACUCCAUCGGCACGUUGGCCAGGCUGUACCAGGACCAGAUCAACCUCCACGAGCAGAACGCCCGCAUCAAGGACGACGAGCUGAGGAGGCAGGCCCACGAGCGGCGCGACGAGGCGCAGGCGAUGCUGAAGCGCCUGCGGGCGCUCAUCGGCGAGGCGCUGGCCGCGACGGAGCCGCAGCAGGCGCGACCCGAGGAGCGAGGCUUCGGCCCGAGCUCGCAGCAGGUGGGCUUGCAGGCGGCGGCCGCGGCGCGUCAGGGCCACGACAAGGCGCCCCGGGAGAACAUAGACGGCCGUGCUUCCUUGCUGACCCAGAUUGGUCGUCAACGCCAAGGCACCUGGCACGGCCCCGGCGCCUCGCGGUGACGACCCGCGGAGCCCCGCGCGGCGGUCGGGAGGGCACGACACCCGGCCGCGCCCGCGGCGGGGUGGCGUCGUUUUUUCCAUCCCUCCGGCAGCCUCCCCCCCCCCCGUUCCCUCCUCCCCCCCUCCUCACUCCUGCCC